AUGUCGGACCUCUCAGGUUCGCGAUCUCCGGUCCCUCCUCCUCCUCCCCCUCCACCACAGAAGUACUCAAACCGCGCCGCCAAUGCUCUUGCUAGAUUUGCCCAACCCUUCUUCGCGGGCUCGAGACCACCUAGCCCCCAAAGCAGUCGUGCGGAUGGUCCCCGGUCGAUCAGAUCCAAAUCACUACCAGGUGAACCACAGACUGUGACCCAUAAAACAGGUAUCGCAAUCACGGCUUUGGACAUUUCGCCUGAGAGGACACAUGCGGUUAUCGCAGGCAAGGAGAUUCUCAAAACCAUCCAGGUCUCGCCAGACCGCUCGUCAGAGGAAUUCAACAUCCGCAAUGCAGUUAUCAGCUAUGCAUCUACCCACCACGAUGUGGGCGUUUCGAUGCCACAUAAGGACCAAUUGAAUGUGAAGGACGUAAAAUGGUCACAUGGCAACUAUGACCGGAUAAUCGCAACAGCAGUCGCAAAUGGUCGGAUUGUCGUCUACGACCUCCAGCGGCCCGGCCUCCAAUUAUGUCGUUUCCAUGGUCAUAACCGCCAGGUGCAUAGGCUGGCCUUCAACCCUCAUCUUCCUUCUUGGCUUCUGUCUGGCAGUCAAGAUGGCACAAUUCGGAUGUGGGAUCUGCGAUCUGCCUCUGCAAAUAGGGGAACUUCCACGUGCGGCAGCAAACAUUCUUAUCAGGGCAAUAGCGACGCCAUCCGAGACGUCCGAUGGUCUCCCAACGAUGGAGUCAUAUUUGCAACUGCCUCAGACAGCGGCGCAAUCCAGAUGUGGGAUUACCGAAAGGUCAACGCCCCAUUGAUGAGAAUCGCCGCUCAUGAUCGCCCAUGCUUCGCGGUCGACUGGCACCCAGAUGGAAAGCACAUUGUCAGCGGUGGCACAGAUCGCCAGGUAAAGGUCUGGGACUUUUCUUCAUCUGCAGAGCGACGGCAGAAACCUGCAUUCCAAUUCCGGACGCCCCAGGCCGUCACCAAUGUGCGGUGGAGGCCUCCUUCUUGGGUUGGUGAGUCUCCUUCCUCGGGAGAAUGGCAGUCAUCUCAAAUUGUUACGUCCUACGACAAAGAAGACCCGCGCGUUCACCUUUGGGAUCUCCGUCGUCCUCACGUUCCAUUCCGGGAGUUCGAUCGGUAUGACUCGCCUGCAUCAGACCUGCUUUGGCGCUCCAAGGAUCUUUUGUGGACGGUCGGCGAGGCUGGGGCGUUUACUCAGACUGAUGUUCGGUAUGCACCAACUGUGGUCAAUCGCCGCCCGAUGUGCUCCGUGGCCUGGAGUCCCAAUGGCGAGUUUGUUGCUUUCAGUCAACAACGCCCUAGACGACGCCCUCUAGGUGUCAAUGCGGCCGAAUUUCUACGACCCGAAGAAGACGAGGACAGCACUGGCGAGAGAUCAUUAAGUCAAAGCCCCGCUGAUGACAUCUUUGAUGAAGCCGUUUUGGCCACUUCCCUUCGGAAUCGGCAUCCCAAAUCGGCCGCAAUUCGACCAUCCAAAUCCUUGGGAAGUACUCCACCCGGAGCAGUGGAUUUCAUACCCGUGCUCCCCCUAGAACAAGCAUUAGCGAAACUCGCAACCCCAAUGCCCAGUCAGGUGGGAAUCAUUACAAGUAUUCCGGGUGCCACAAACGACUCAGCAAUCUUUCGGUAUUUGGCAAGCCACUAUACACCGUUAAUGAAUGAACACAAUGAACAUCAAACGCAGAACGACGUCCUGAACACUUUAAUUGAGUCACUGGAUCAUAACGCUGAAUGUGCAAAUGAGGUAUCCCUGGUUAAAUUGGCUCAGACUUGGAGAAUUGUCAAAUUCGCUAUUCUUGAAGAGCUCCAACGCAGGGCUAGAGAUCAUCCAGCGAAAGGACAUCUCAAAGACAGGUCAUCCAAGGAUGGAGGCUUGAUAGAAAAACCACGACCUGAUGAUGGUCGACAGGACAGAGUCAAAAGUCGGUUGUUCAAAGGAGUCAUGGAGGCGGUUCCCGAGGCCGAGAGCUCGUCCAAUAUGACCACCCCUAUUGCACGACCAUUGCCCGAUUCUCCGAAAGACUCGUGGUCGAGCACUGAUUCCCAAAUACCCUCGCUGAGCGAUGGAGCGAUUGAUCUUGACCCUCUUCCACCAUCAGUCUUGAGUGAUCAUAAUGGUUGGGGGAUGUCAGACGGCAUACCAUUACCGCGUGGGAGACUAUCAUCAACCGAUGAUACUCAUUCAUCCAAGUAUCUAUGGGACCCUACACAAGAAGACUUGGACAUAGAGCAAAGGUCUGCGCCUCGGGCAAUUGCUGGCCAAGCAGAUUGGCGUCGUCGUGGUCACCCAGACUUUCCUCGGGAAAAUUCCGAGGAUGACUAUGACCAAAAACUGGAGGAUAAGCGUGCAGCAAUUCGUGACUACAAACAAUUUCCGAAGAAACCCUUGACUCUUGAAUCGCCGAUGGAAUCUAACCGGCCCCCUCGCACCGACCGCUAUACUCGGCAUGAUUCUUCGGAGAGUUUUCCCAUGUUUUCUACAUCCACCGACAGUUCGCAUCCCGCCAAGUCUAUUGGCGCGUCGUACUCGUCUACUGGACAACUUGAGGCAUCCAAAUCCCUGGAUGCUGGACAAUCUACCGCGUCGCUGAGAAGUGGGUCGAUAUUAGCAUCUACGCGUGAGGAAUCCGAUGAUGAGAUUUUUGACCAGGUUGUCUCAGAGACUAAUCGACUUCAUCUUGAGCGCCCAUCAAGCCCUCCCCCUUUGAUCACAGAAUCAAGCCCCCUUGGAAGACAUAAGCAACCCUUCCUACCAAACAAUGCACCCGACCUUGGCAGCUUACAUCAUUUAGCCAUGGGCGGUAUCUCGCGGGUCCAGAUCCCACUCACGCCAGAUGGGACAAACUUGAAACCGUGGGGUAUUGAAGCGAUUCUGAAAGAAGCAGUCCGAUAUUAUCACAGCAGCAGUAGCUUAGUCGAUAUACAGGCUGCGGCCCAUCUUCUCCAAAAGCUGCACGUUCUUUUCCGGGAUUGCGAACAAAUUCUCCCAUAUGAAGAAUGUGAAAUGGUCUUCAAAACUUACAAUGAGCACCUGAUUCGGCACUCGAUGGACCUCGAGGCAGCAGAGCUCCGCUUAUUCUGCGUAUCGACAUAUCCUACCGUCUACGAAUAUGCUCAGACAGAUUCAUUUAUCAACGUCUACUGCUACACGUGCCAACGACCCUUUGAAAAUUCUACCCAAGAUAAUAGCCGAUGCCAUCGCUGCAGCACACCUCAAGCACCAUGCUCUAUUUGCAUGAGCCUUGAUCCACCCCCAGAGUGGGUUUCAGAGCAGCAAACUUCACCAAGCAUUUCAUCCUUCAUGAACCCCGACCCAGAUUCCGAAAGCGCUUCAACCCAUUCAGCACAAUCCUCAGUUCCAACUGAACCCGUCCCAGCGUCGGAGAUCGAUAUGAUCGAGCCCUUCACUGUACCUCGGCCCAAAGGCUCCACCCUCUGGACCUGGUGCCAAGGCUGCGGCCACGGCGGCCAUAUAGCCUGUAUCACAACCUGGCUCGGUGACAUCUCAACCAGCGAAGGCGGCUGCGCCACAGCCGGCUGCUCGCAUGACUGCGGGCCUGGUCCACGUCGCGAACUCAACCGCCAAGCCUUGCAAGCGGAAUCCAAGCGUCGCGACUCUGCCAGUCGCUCCGCCGGUGUCGGACUUGUCAAGCGUGAUCCCUGGACCAAGGGUGAAAGUAAAGCUGUCGAAAAAGUCCGCGGUAUGCUUGGUGUUGCUGGUGUUGCCGCUGCCACCGGUGGCAGUGGUGCUGGCCCGAUCACUUUGACAAACAAUAAUUCCUCUCCAGCGCCGGUUUCGCCCGGCGCUAUGUCGCCUAAAAGGGUACGACUUGUCACCCCGAAUGAGCAAGAGAAGGAAAGUGUUGCUUUGGCUCGCACGGGCCCUCCUUCGAGGGACUGA